AAACCUAGAUGUUGGUAACGACAGUAAGAAUUUGGAUACAUUGAUCAUGCGGAACCUUGAUGAAGUACUAUCCCCAACACCUUCUGUACAAUCAUCUUUACCUCAUACUGCAGGUGGAAUACAUGGGAUGUUGAUUCCUUUUAAAAAUUCUGAGGUGUCUGGUGAGGAGCUCAAAAACUCAAAAAGGAAAACCAAAUUGAUGUGGUCACCCGUUGCCCUUGAAGCCCAGUCUUUCCCUGAAGCAAUUGCAGAGUUCAAAAGGGUGUCUCUGUCGGAUCGUCGACCCGCAUUGGACUUGCAUGUGAAAGUAAGGAAACAUCUUUUAUAUUUGGGAUGGAAUGUCGAGUCUGUAUAUGAUAGGCGGAUGACUAGGUUUCGCUACUUAUCACCUUCUGGAACUGUAUUAAUGUCACUUUCUCAAAUUUGUAAAGAGUUGGAGACAAUGUCAAAAACUCUCUCUGAUGGUUCAACCUCGUGUUCAUCGAUAGUCAAACAAGAAGCAGGCAGAGAACUAUACGAACCAAUUAUUGAUUCUGUGUACUGCCCUCAAGCAGUGUUUGAGUAUGUGCGGGUUGUGGCUCCAAAGAGAUUAUCCAAAAAGAGACGUCCAGGAGUUGCUAUACUUGCAGAUAAAGCUAAAAAACAUCUAGUUUUUAGUGACUGGAAAAUCUAUAGUCAGAGGAAGGGAGUUAGGAGGGAACUUCGCUAUAUGUCUCCUGCUGGGAAAGUAUUCUACUCACUUAUAACAGCCUGUGAAUGUUAUAUCAAGGAGAAUGCAUUAUCUCUGAGUGAUGCUCAUCUCACAGGGCAAAGGCAGAUAAGGCAAGUUGAUGUGGAAGAUGAGGACCAUGUGUGUAAUGAACAAUUGCUCUUGGAGUCAAGUGAAAAGUUACCAACAAUUAAAUCGCACAAGAAGAGAAAGCUCAAUUUGUAUACAUCCAGGGCUUUUAUUGGAUCAGGAGAUGUUGCAGAUUCUCAUUCUUCAACUCGUGUGCUAAGAUCAUCAAAAAGAGCUAGGAAGAUUGCUUCUUCCUCUCAUCAGACACCUCGCAGCAUUUUAUCUUGGUUGAUUGACAAUAACGUGAUUCUGCCUCGGACAAAAGUACACUAUCGUGGAAGGGAGGAUGAUCAUCCAAAGAGGGAGGGGCGGAUAAGUCAUGAUGGAAUAAAAUGUAAUUGCUGCCAGAAAGUUUAUGGUCUUAGUACUUUUGCAGCUCAUGCAGGAGGCACUACUCACUGUUCUUCAGAAAAUAUCAUUUUGGAAGAUGGGCGCUCCAUACUUGAUUGCCAACUGGAGAUGAAAUGGAAAAUUAGUGCAAGGAAGACAGAACUGCACAUAAAGAAAAGGAGACACAACAUGAGUAAGAAUGACUAUAUAUGUUCUAUCUGUCAUGAUGGUGGUGAACUAAUCCUAUGUGAUCGGUGUCCAUCGGCAUUUCAUACUGGCUGCCUCGGAUUGAAGGAGCUUCCAGAUGGUGAUUGGUUCUGUCCUUUGUGCUGCUGUAGAAUCUGUUCUCAGAGCAGAUUUGAUAAGAACAAAGAUCAGUUUGCAGAUAAUAAUGCUCUCUACUGUAGUCAAUGUGAGCAUCAAUAUCAUGUUGCAUGCAUAAGAAAUAAUGGUCUUCUAAAGCAUCCUGAAGGAUAUUGGUUUUGUGAUAAUAGAUGUGAACAGAUAUUUGUGGAUCUUCAUAAGCUUUUGGGAAAACCAAUUCAGUUGGGGACUGAUAACCUUACUUGGACAUUGUUGAAGUACAAAAAACCAGAUAGUUCUCGUCCUGAUGUUGUAGAUGACAAACAUGCAUUGGAGAAUUAUAGCAAGCUUAAUGUUGCUAUUGAUGUGAUGCAUGAGUGUUUUGAGCCUGUCAAAGAAUCUCGAACUGGGAGCGAUCUCAUGGAAGAUAUUAUUUUUAGUAGAUGGUCUGAACUCAACCGUUUGAAUUUUCAAGGAUUCUAUACUGUGAUUUUGGAGAGAAAUGAAGAAUUGAUUACAGUGGCCACUCUAAGGGUUCAUGGAGACAAGGUAGCUGAGAUUCCACUUGUUGCCACACGUUUUCAAUAUCGUCGACUUGGAAUGUGUCGCAUUUUGAUGAAUGUUCUUGAGAAGAAACUCAGUGAAUUAGGAGUGGAGAGGCUAGUUCUGCCAGCUGCUACUAGCGUGCUAAACACAUGGAUAAGUUCAUUUGGUUUCUCUGUGAUGGAAGAAUCAACGAGACUAGAUCUCUCGGGUUUCAAUAUACUUAAUUUCUAUGGAACAGUCAUGUGCGAGAAAUUCUUAGCCAGAACCUCCCCUUCCAUGGAAUUAAUUGUCUCAACAGCAGCAGCAGAACCCAACCAACAUAUUUUCGGAGCAGUGGCCAAUAAGGGCAACAACGCCGAACUGGAUGGGACGACAAGUGCUGUUUCCGAGGUCCUCCAAGCUGAACAAAUCGAUGGAAGUGACAUUAUAGACAAAGGACCAGCAGAAACACCUGGAGGAACUGGCACCAAUGACCACCCGGCUCCCCUAGUUCUUGUGUUGAAAGAAACUCCAGCUCCCGACGACUUCCCAGCUCAAAAUACUUUGGAUUGCUUACGUGAAGAAGCGCCUAAUCAAAGGGAAGCUGGAAACAACGUUGUUGGUAUGUUCAAAUGCUAUGAGAGGAGGAGAAGAUAUGAGGCUGUGGAAGCCAAUCUGUUCACAAAGGUGGUGACUGAUGGUUAAGCAGGCUGAAAGUUUUGAUUCUUAAUCUGUAAACAUCUUGUAAAUGGUACAUAGUCUAAGGUGGGGGACUAGAGGAGCUUGUCUCUAUGUCCAAACUUAUGUUUAUGUACAGUUUAAGGUUGUUGUGGCA